GGUGAAGUCGAAGGUGACGGUGGUGCCAUAUGCACUCCAUCGCUGCUAAAAAACAGUGGCCUGAAGAACAGAAACAUUGGCAGAAACUUGCAUCUUCAUCCUGUGGUUUUUGCUUGGGGAUACUUUCCAGACACGCCCCCUUCUUCUUCUUCUUCUCCUGAAACAUGGCCAGAAGCACAAAAGAAAGGGUACCAAGGAGGAAUAAUGACUGCAAUGUCAAAAGUGGUGGCCAAUUUUGAAGAAUCUGGCUAUGGGGCAAUUAUACAAACACCUUCCCUGCAUCCCGGGAUUUUCUCCGCCGUCAUGCCAUGGACCUCCGGCGCCGACAUCAAGACACGGAUGCGAAGGUUUUCACGAACGGCGAUUCUAUUCGCCCUGGCCAGAGACCGGACGACCUCCGGGAAAGUCGACUCUCCGUCCUCCAUAACCUACAAGAUCGAAGAAACGGAGAAAGAAACCCUCAGAAAUGGGCUCGAUAGGCUGCUGAGGAUUCUGGAGGCCGCCGGAGCCGAAGAGAUAGGAACCUGUAAUCGGGAGGGAAAGACACUGAAGGUGAACCGCGCCGCCGGAGGGAGAGAGGAGUUUGAGGCGUUUGUGGCGGCGGAGAGCUCUAGGGAUCUGGGAGAUCUAUCGACGCUGAUAGGUUCGGCGCAUCAGAUGGGGAGCUGCCGGAUGGGGGUGGAUCCGAGGAGUUCGGCGGUGGAUCCGACGGGGGAGAGUUGGGAGGCGGAGGGGCUUUUCGUGGCCGAUUCCAGCGUCUUCCCGACUGCGCUUGGGGUCAAUCCUAUGCUCACCGUUCAAGCCAUUGCAUACUGCACUGCAAAUCAUGUGCUUCAAGCUCUCGGAACAAGAUGAGAAUGGCAGCAGGCAGCUCAAUUGCUUUACACACUGGGACUCAUUUUGAAUAAAAUGAUACGGAGUACUCCGUAGUUUUUAUACAUUUGUUCAUUAUAAUAAAAUGAUAGUUUUUAUAUAUUUUUGUUCAUUAUAAUUAAACUUAAUUACUUGUUUGGAGUAAUAGUUUGUUCAUUUUACAUGUUUUUUAUUUCAGAUGUACAUUCUUUGAAUACUCUUUUACGAUAAACAUAAUGUUCAUUUUGAAGUAAAUAAACGUUCAUUCU